AUGUCAGCAAAUAAAGUUUUAAUUGGCGGAGGCACAGGAUUUAUAGGACAAAACUUACGAAAAUUGCUUUCUACCACUGGUUAUAAUAUUGUGAAUGUAUCACGUAUGCCUGGAGCCAAUAAUGUAUCCUGGUCGACUAUAGAAAAUUCUGGCUUACCACCUAAUACAAAGGCAGUUGUUAAUUGCGCAGGACAACAAUUUAUGGACUUCACUAAGAGUUGGACGCCUGGAUUCAAACAAAAUGUCCAGAACUCACGUAUUUAUACAACAAGAGCAUUAUCACAAGCCAUCAAUGAGAGUAACGAUAAACCUAAAGUAUUUGUUUUGGUAACCGGAGUUGGUGCUUACGAACCUUCUAAUACUAUAAAAUAUGAUGAAUGCAGUCCUACUACUGGAACUGAUUUCUUUUCACAACUCUUAGUGGAAUGGGAAAAGGCUGCAAAUGUAAAUCCACCAGUGAGAUUAGUCAUAAUCCGGUCUGGAGCUGUCAUUGGUCGUGAUGGAGGAAUGAUAAAGAAUAUGAUUGUGCCAUUUUUCUUUGGUCUAGGUGGUAGACUGGGAUCUGGUAAGCAGUAUUUGCCUUGGAUUCAUAUUGAUGAUCUCGUUGGACUAAUAAAAUUCGCUAUAGAAAAUGAAGAGGUCAAGGGAAUUUUGAACGGCGUAGCACCGCAAGUUAUAACGAACGAACAGUUUACUCAGUCGUUCGCGAAAGCAAUGGGCAGACCAGCAUUUUUUCCGGUUCCUGAAUCAGUGUUAAACUUUUUGCUACAUCCUGAACGAGCCAUGAUUGUGACCAAAGGCCAGCAUGUUGUACCGAAAAGGGUACUCGAAUAUGGAUUUAAAUAUCAAUAUGAUAAUAUUGAUGAUGCUUGCAAAGAAUGUGCUCAUCUGUUUCCCAAGAAAUAA